ACAAACUGAAUAUAACGAAAAGAAAAAAUUGAAUAAAAAUAAAUAUAAUGAGCCAUUUGAAAGGACGCAAAGAAGAUUGCGCAGUUGCGGUCCGAUCAUUUUUGGCUCUCUAUUGGCCAGGAAAUCCACGUUGGCAAAUGACAACAGAAUUUGCUGACGAGGCAUUUUGUGAUUUGAAGAAAACACGUCAUCCAAUUGCCAGAAAGGACGCAGAAGGAAGGAAGAGAGGAAGAAGUGGCUUUUAAAGAGAGAAAAAAAAAAAAAAACGGAAGAAGAAGAAAAGGAAAGAAAAGGAGGAUACAGGAGAGACAAUGCUGCUGGGUUCGCUUGUUCCUGUUAGAACUGGCGCCUUUGCAGCAGCAGCAUUCGCCACUGUUUUCAUCUUUCUGUUCCUCGUCGCCGACUCCGCCAAUAACUAUUCUCAGGUGAAAUGCAGCAGAACCUGUGUUGCGCAAAAUUGUAAUUCGGUUGGAAUUAGAUAUGGGAAGUAUUGUGGAGUAGGGUGGACCGGCUGUCCUGGGGAGAAACCAUGUGAUGAUCUAGACGCCUGUUGUAAGAUUCAUGACGACUGCGUGGAAAAGAAAGGUUUGAUGGAUGUUAAAUGCCACGAGAAGUUCAAGACCUGUAUAAAGAAAGUGAAGAAAUCUGGUAAGGUUGGAUUUUCUCAGGAUUGUCCUUAUGAGACUGCUGUGCCAACUAUGGUACAGGGUAUGGAUAUGGCAAUUUUGCUGAGCCAGUUAGGUAGCCAAAAGAUUGAGCUCUAAUUUCUCUUUUUUUGUAGAGUGCAAUACUUGUACCAUUUCUCAUUCUUUUGAAGUUAUUAUAACUUGCAGGUUGUCUGUACUUAUUAUAUUAUUUUAGUAAUUCUAAAUACAAAAUCUAUACCACAACUUCUAUUAGUGGAUUAUCAUUUCCACAAUCACAAUUUUAAAAUUUUCUUGCCUGAAUAGAAUAUGCUCUUCAGCUUCGCUCACCAGCUACUAGCCAUUGAUAUCUAGAAGACUUCAUCAGAAAGCGGAAACCCUCAGAGACUGAAGAAAACAGGUAGUCCAUUACUGCAUAUUGACCAUCCUAUUCGAAGCCUCCGCCCCUUUGGCAUGUUCACUGAGGUAUAGUGCAUGUUAAUAGCAUUUGCGUUUGAGUUCUUGGCUCUUGGGAAGAUACUGAUGCUGUGCAAAUACUAUGACGAGAUCAAUAUGAAAAUAUGGAAUAAUGAACCUAUACUUAGAUGUGAACUUGCUCUCCUUGGCUGGUGUGGGAGUGUCACAAACGGACAAUAGGGAAAUUUUUGGUAGCAAGACAUUAGACUUGUCCGGGCUUCAUUUGUGGCCAGCAUUUAACUUUAUGUUCAGAAAUAAGCUCCUUUGUUUAGACACCCUUAGUCUAGUUUUGCUGUGUUCCCUCCCACUUGAUAACAUAAGCAUGGAGCAACCUUGCUUAUCCUAUUACUUUCUACCCACAAUCUAAAAACUAUCUAUUGUUAGUUCAAAAAGAAAAGAAAAGGAGAGAGAAAAAAAAUUGCCACUUGUAGUUAGGUAUUCUUGUUGGACAAUCAAAUGAAGGAAACCUUCUUUUUAUUCUUUUUAGUUAGAAAAUGAUGGAAAUCUUCAUUUCAUGUUAAGGGAAACCGAGAAAUGAAUGCACACGAAAUGGCUUUUGCAAACACUUCUUAAGGAAGUUUGGGUUUUGGGGCGGCUGAGCAUUUGAUGCAUAUUUUUCUCAUAUGUACUGCAUAGACUUGUUUCAAUACAAUUCUUCCUUGUUCUAGA